AUUGUUACUGAGGGACACAGAAUCGUUACUGAGGGACACAGAAUAGUUACUGAGGGACACAGAAUUGUUACUGAGGGUACACAGAAUUGUUACUUAGGGCCACAGAAACGUUACUUAGGGCCACAGAAUUGUUACUUAGGGACAGACACAGAAUUGUUACUGAGGGACACAGAAUUGUUACUGAGGGCCACAGAACUGUUACUUAGGGCCACAGAAACGUUACUUAGGGACACAGAAUUGUUACUCAGGGACAGACACAGAAUUGUUACUUAGGGACAGACACAGAAUUGUUACUGAGGGACACAGAAUCGUUACUUAGGGCCACAGAAACGUUACUUAGGGCCACAGAAAUUGUUACUUAGGGCCACAGAAUUGUUACUUAGGGACAGACACAGAAUUGUUACUUAGGGAGGGAUUGUUACUGAGGGACACAGAUUUGUUACUGAGG